AUGGAAAUUCUGCGGCCGUUAAGCUGCUCUCCAGUUAAUGUUCAGAACCCUCAAUCCCACACCCUCGUCAUGUUGAACCGACUCCUCCGGCCGCAGACUCCUCUGCGUGCAUUGUCCGCUCUCUCUCAAAAACCCGUCGCCGCCCUCCCACGCUUCCAGACACGACAGUUGCACCGAGUCCCCCAGUUGACGCACGAUGCGUACUUCAAGGCCAAUGGUAUUCCGGAGCUAUUGUCGCCAGAGGCAUUUGACUUUGCUUGGACGCAGUAUCAAACUCUCCUCAUUGAUAAACUGAAUCUCUUGACACAGGACACCGUCGACGCUGAUACGAAACCUGGAGACCUGUUGAUCAAGUACUCCCGGCGCCCGGAGAUGGCCUCCGUUUUCAACUACGCCUCAAUGGCUCACAACAACCACUUUUUCUUUAACUGCUUGUCACCCACCCCCACUCAGAUUCCCGACAAGUUCGCCAAGGACAUUAUCGACACCUGCUCCUCUGUCGAAUCGCUGAAGCUCGACUUCCUUGCAACCGCCAACGCCAUGUUCGGGCCCGGUUUUGUAUGGCUGGCUAAGAACCUUGAGCGGGAAGGAUUGAUGCACAUUUUCUGCACCUACAACGCAGGCUCGCCCUACCCAGCUGCUCACUCCCGGCGCCAACCGGUAGAUAUGGCCACCCACAGUCCCGAUGCCCCUCUUGGCAACAUGUACGCCGGCUCAAUGGGUGCCCACUCCUUGAACCAGAAGAACAUGGCUCCUGGCGCCGUAGACGUGCAGCCCAUUCUGUGUGUCAACACCUGGGAGCAUGUCUGGAUGAUGGACUACGGAAUCGGCGGCAAGGCCGAGUACCUGGAGCGGUGGUGGGACCGGAUCAACUGGGAGACUGUGUAUGAUAACUACAACGCGGUCAGCUCGCUGAAGGGAGGGCGUCACGCGGCCAACCGGAAUCGCAGCCUAAGCAUGCUAUGA